ACGACGCUUGUUUUGCUGCUGGAUUGCUUGCUAGAUUUUACCGCUGGGUUCCAAGUUGGCUGUGGCGCUGGGUGCAACGAUGGCACCCUCGUUGGGUUGGCUUCACACGAUGCUUGUCGCUAGGCGUGCUGGCGUGCAGGGAGCAUAGAGAGAAAAUAUAGGCGAAUACGUAGUCCCAGCAUUUCUAACCUCAACAGUACCAUGGACGCUCGAGUGCAACAAACUAUUGCGGCUGAAAUAAUUCGACGUAGGAAAGCAAUUAUCGUGUCAGCUGUAGCAACUGCUUUUAAACGUAGACAUCUACUGAAACAACGAAAACGUAAAUUGUGGAGUCGCGAGUGGCUGUUACGGCGUGAUAGAGGACAGAAUGUUCUAAAUAUGGUAUUUCGUGAGCUCGGCCCUGAAGAUCCAGCCAGUUUCACCAAUUAUACUCGAAUGAUGGAAGAUGACUGGAAUGAGUUGUUGACACUUCUGACUCCGGCCAUAAAAAAACAGGAUACCGUUAUGCGUCAAGCUAUAUCACCGAGGGACAGACUCACUGUGACUCUUCGAUAUUUAGCAACGGGCAAUACCUUUCAGGAUUUGAGCUACUCCACUCGCAUAGCCGCGAACACAAUUUCAAAAGUGAUUGACGAAACUUUAAGAGCAAUAGUAGAAGUACUCGACUCAAAAGUAUGGAAUUUCCCAUCAUCGCCGGAGGAAUGGCAGGUUAUCGCUCACAAAUUCGAUACUUUAUGGAAUUUUCCUCAUUGCAUCGGUGCGCUGGAUGGGAAGCACAUCAAUUUUCGUCCCCCUCGAAGUGACGGAUCGAUUUACCGUAAUUAUAAGGGAAAAGACAGCAUUGUGCUUCUGGGUCUUGUCGAUGCUGAAUACAGAUUUUUGUUCAUUGACGUCGGAAGAAAUGGACGUAUGCACGAUUCUGCUGUUUUGCGUGAGAGCCCAUUAUGGACUAAGAUCAACGAUGGAACUGUGAACUUACCUGCACCAUGUGAAAUUCCAGGCUUUUGUUACAAAUUACCGUACGUGAUUGUCGGUGACGACGCAUUUGCCUUGAAACCUAAUUUGUUAAAGCCGUAUCCGGAUAGAAACUUGACGCUUGACAAAAGAAUAUUCAACUACAGAUUGAGCCGUGCUCGCAGAACUGUUGAAAACGCUUUUGGCAUACUGGCAAACAGAUGGCGCGUUUUACUUUCUACGAUAUCUCUCUCCGUUCAAAAAGUAGAGAGAAUAACUUACGCGUGUGUGCUUUUACAUAAUUAUUUAAUCAAUAAAUCUAACAAUGAUUCCAGUCAAUGGUACGUACCGCAUAAUUACAGAAUCUCAACCCGCGUUGAUAGUAAUUGUAAUGCAGUACAAUUAUCCGAAGGGCAGAAUGCCUCCCUAUAUCUGAGAAAUAACCGAAGCAGUAACGAAGCUCUAGAGAUACGAGAUAAAUUUUGUGAAUACUUUAAUACUACAGGCAUAGUGCCAUUUCAAUAUACCGCUAUUGAACGAGGUAACUAUUAGUCGUUGCUCUACGAGCAAGUUCAUAGUAUUUAUUCAUUUAUUAAUUAUUUACUAGCACUGCGGCCGCGGCUUGUAUUUGUAUUUGACAGUAUUUGUACAAUGUUUAUACAGAAAUAAAUAAAUGCCAUUA